GCCCAAGCUGUACACACAUGCGCAAUGCGUCAUUACGGAACUGCGGCGCGAGGCUAGGCUACGGCUAGCCAUUAGGUUAUCUUUUUCGAGGGGAGAAAGAAAAAACAACGUUACAGAGAGCAAAGGCGGAAAAAUGGCAAUGGUCUGUCAGUCUCUCAUCCCUUUGCUGUUGCUGAGUGCGUCAAUUUCGGCCGUAGAGGUACAGCGACCCCGCGGUGUCCCCCUUUCAAAAAAGCACUUCUACGUGGAGGGCAAACCUUUCACUUGCUUGGAUGGCUCCCGCACAAUUCCCUUUGAUAGGGUGAAUGAUGACUAUUGUGACUGUCAGGAUGGUUCGGAUGAGCCAGGCACUCCGGCUUGCCCCAACGGCAGCUUCCACUGCACUAACGCGGGCUAUCGACCGGUCUUCAUCCCAUCGUCCCGAAUCAAUGAUGGUGUAUGCGACUGCUGUGAUGCAACAGACGAGUACAACAGUGGCGCGAGCUGCCCUAACACUUGCAGGGAGUUGGGUCGCAAGGAGAAGGAGAGUCUGCUAAAACUGGCAGAGAUUGCAAAGGAGGGUUUCAUUCUCAAACAACAACUCAUUCAGGAAGCCAAGAGGGGUCUGGAGGAAAAGAAGACUAAAGCGUUUGAACUGGAGGCCAGUAAGAAACAACUGGAGGAGAAGUUGGAGGCUCUGAGAACAGUGAAGGAAGCGGCAGAGGAGCCUGAGAAAGAAGCGAAAGAGCGCCAUCUCAAGGCUUGGGAAGAUGAGAAGGCUGCGGUACGCGCCGAGAAGGACCACGCACGAAUGGCUGAGGUGUUUAUUGAACUGGAUGAUGAUGGCGAUGGCUUUGUCUCCCUGACUGAGCUUCAGUCCCACACUGAACUCGACACAGAUUCGGAUGGUUCUUUCACUGAAACGGAGGCUCAGGCCCUUUUGGGAGGUGUGGACAAAGCGGAUAGGGUGGCAUUUGAGGCUGUCUGGAAGGACAUAAAAGACAAAUACAUAUCCGAGUCCCAAGCGACGGCGGAGUCGCCGCAGGAGGAGAUGCCGCACGGGGAAACGAGGGAGCCGCGUUCUGACAAUGACUCUGAAAACUACCCGGAAGGUGAAAUCCCGGAGGAUGAUGAUGAUGACGAUCAGGAGGAGGAGGAUGACGAGGAGGAGGAGGAAGAUGAUGAUCCAGAUGAGGCGGACUACAAUAGGCCUCCUGCGGUGCAAGAAAAGAAGGAUGACGAGGGGACGAUGCCGCCAUACGAUGGAGAAACGCAGAUCCUCAUUGAUGCCGCCCAGAAGGCCAGAGAGCAGUUUGAUGAGGCCGAGCGAGCUCUCCGGGAACUGGAUGAUCAGUUGAAGAGCAUUGAAAAGGAAACAAACUCUGACUUUGGACCCAGUGCUGAGUUUGCCUACCUCUACAGCCAGUGCUACGAAAUGCCCACUGGCGAGUACAUCUACAGGUUCUGCCCCUUCAAUCGAGUAACGCAGAAACCCAAGUACGGCGGCUCAGAGACCAGUUUAGGGACAUGGGGUCAUUGGGAUGGUCCCGAGGGUGACGUCUACGCCGUGAUGAAGUAUGAGAAUGGAAUGGGAUGCUGGCAAGGUCCCAACAGAUCCACCACGGUCAAGCUAAAAUGCGGGCAGGAGACAGCAGUAACGUCCACGUCUGAACCCAGUCGCUGCGAGUACUUAAUGGAAUUCACCACUCCCGCCCUCUGCCAGGAACCCAAGAACCUGGACCCUAUGCACGAACAUAUCGAACUUUGAACCCACUCCAUCUUGUUCACCAGGGACCAUGUCGCCGCGGCAACAGAGAGUUGUGAGGAGCCACCGCACUGCUAUUUCAUUGUGUUAAGUAAAUAAAUCGAGUUAUCUUA